AUGUCGGACGAUGGAGAUAUGGGCGAUGGUGGCGGAUACUCCCCAGCCUACGGAAAUGACGAGCCCGAUUUCGAUCCCGAGGAGCCUACCUUCUACGAUCAAGAUGUUGAGACCAACGGCGCGGUGGACGAUGUCGAAGUCAGCAACAACCCAGACCAGCUUCUCGCGACCGGUGAGCACGGCCGAGAUAUUGUAGAGUCGGGCGAUCCAUCAGCUAGGGCAAACAAGACGGCGCGGGACAAGGCACCAAAAGACAAGAAGAUCCCUCACGACAAGCGAACGACUACCCCGUACAUGACCAAGUACGAGAGAGCGCGCAUUCUGGGGACCCGCGCACUGCAGAUUAGUAUGAAUGCGCCGGUUCUGGUGGACUUGGAAGGAGAGACGGAUCCGUUGCAGAUUGCUAUCAAAGAGCUAAGAGAGAAGAAGAUCCCUUUGAUCGUGCGAAGAUACAUGCCCGAUGGAAUGUACGAGGAUUGGACUUGUGAAGAGCUUCUUCAAUAG